AUGGAUCCUCUCAGCCAAGCUACAGCAUGGGCUAUUGCCAAGAUCACGGACGCUGCCAUCGACCUCGCCACCAGCAAGGCGAAGGAGGGCGCUAAAUCGUUCUGGGAAGAGCACUUCAUCGCCGCUCGAGACCAGUUCCGGGAGAUGCAGGUUGCCAUCGAGAAGAAGAUCGACGACGCUGUCGAGAAGACGGUUCAAAAGGUCACCGAGAACAUGUACGCGAUCGAGGCGACCAAGAUCGUCACGGCCUUCCAGACGUGGACUCGCCUCUGGGCUGAGGCGCUCGAAGACGCCAAGGCGGGAGAUCGCACUGCCCUUCAUUCGCUCCAGGAGCAGUUCAAGCACAGCGAUAUCGGCGCCGCGAACCGCCUGUCGCUGUUGGACAACUACCUGAUGGGCGUUUCGUUGGGAGGUGGUUCUGGAGGAUUCAUUAAGGUUCUGGAGGAGGGUUUCUUCAAGCGCUUGGAGGACGACGAGUUCUUCACCAUCCAGCACUACUACGACUCGAUCCUCGUCCUCAUGUCGCGCCUGGUGCGGAUCCAGCUCAUCGGGUUCUACUUCCAGCUGUGCGCGAUGGACCAGCCGAACGCGGAGCGUGCGAACAAGUGGGCGCAGGAGCUGAUGGGGAGGUUCAAAGCGCAGAAGGAGAAGAUGCUCGAGUGCAUGCCGCCGUUUGUCCGGAAGCUCAAGCCAAACUUCGAGGAGUCUCCAAUCCCCGCAGAGCAUUGGUGGAGGUUCAUCAACGACGACAAUCGAGGGCAGUGUCUCGCGGUGGUCAACUCGCGGCCGUGGUACUACGCGGCUGGCCUUACGCACGGCGUCGGCGACAUCCACGCGAUGUGCAAGUCAAGCGGUACGAGGGCUUGCCCCGAGUACGAGUGGCGAUUCGAGCGACCCCUCCUCGUCGAUCGCGAGCCGCAGCCGAAGACGAGCGCGGAAAGACACCCGACCGCCGACGUGCACAGCCAAAACCCCGAGGCUAUCCAGCGCCAGAAGGACCACGACCUCGACCUCACGUUCCUGCUCAACCGGCACUCCCACAAACGGUUGACGCUCGGCAGCGAGCUCGUGGCAAACGGCGCUAGGAGCUGGGAUCCCAAGAUGGAGCAGAAGUAUUGGAACGAGUAUGCCUGGGAUCGUCGCAACGUCAGAUUCAAGGUGCUGCCUGUGAAAGGCAGACCUGUUCCGGCCUUCCGUUUGCUUGGAAUCAUGCCCACCGAGGCCAAGACCUGGAAGGGAAUGGACGGAUUCGCGACCAAUCCUAUUCCCAAUGCCGUGUGGUACUUACACGACGAGGGGACUAGCCAGAAUGAUUUCUAA